GCCAUGACUAAAAGAGAUGCAGAGGAGCUGAUAGAAAUAGAAAUUGAUGGGACUGAAAAACAGGAGUGCACUGAAGAAAGCAUCGUUGAGCAGACGUACACCACAGCAGAAUUUGUGAGUCAGGCUAUUGACAUCAAUGAACCAGUUGGAAAUCUUAAGAAGUUGUUGGAACCAAGACUUCAGUGUUCCUUGGAUGCACAUGAAAUCUGCCUGCAAGAUAUCCAGCUGGACCCAGAUCGCAGUCUCUUUGAUCAAGGAGUAAAGACAGAUGGAACAGUACAGCUUAGUGUACAAGUAAUAUCCAGACAAGGAAUAGAGCCCAAGUUAAACAUCCUUGAAAUUGUAAAGCCUGUAGAAACUGUGGAGGUAGUUAUCGAUCCGGAUGCCCACCAUGCUGAAGCUGAAGCUCACCUUGUUGAGGAAGCCCAAGUGAUAACCCUAGAUGGCACAAAACACAUUACAACAAUUUCAGAUGAGACCUCUGAGCAAGUGACUCGAUGGGCUGCAGCGUUGGAAGGCUACCGAAAGGAGCAAGAACGCCUUGGAAUACCCUAUGACCCUGUACAGUGGUCAACAGACCAAGUACUCCACUGGGUGGUAUGGGUGAUGAAGGAGUUCAGCAUGACUGACAUAGACCUCAAUACUCUUAGUAUUCCAGGCCGAGAGUUAUGUAGCCUCAAUCAAGAGGACUUCUUCCAGAGGGUCCCUCGGGGAGAAAUCCUUUGGAGCCACCUGGAGCUUCUUCGAAAAUAUGUAUUGGCUAGCCAAGAACACUCUGGAGAAAUAGCAACAGUUACUAUUGAUCAGCCUGUGCAAAUUAUUCCAGCAUCUGUACAGCCUGCUACCCCGACCACCAUUAAAGUAAUAAACAGCAGUGCAAAGGCAGCUAAAGUACAAAGAGCACCAAGAAUCUCAGGAGAAGACCGAAGUUCGCCUGGGAACAGAACAGGAAACAAUGGCCAGAUUCAGCUCUGGCAGUUUUUGCUAGAACUUCUUACUGACAAAGAUGCUCGAGACUGUAUUUCUUGGGUUGGCGAUGAAGGGGAGUUUAAACUGAAUCAACCUGAGCUGGUUGCACAGAAAUGGGGACAACGUAAAAAUAAACCCACCAUGAACUAUGAGAAGCUUAGUCGUGCUCUACGGUAUUACUAUGAUGGGGAUAUGAUCUGCAAAGUACAAGGCAAGAGGUUUGUGUACAAAUUUGUCUGUGACUUGAAAACUCUCAUUGGCUAUAGCGCAGCAGAGCUGAACCGGUUGGUCACAGAGUGUGAGCAAAAGAAACUGGCAAAGAUGCAACUCCAUGGCAUUGCACAGCCAGUCACAGCAGUAGCACUAGCUACAGCAUCCCUGCAAACCGAGAAAGACAAUUAAGCACUAGGACCUGAAAGUGGGAGCCUGAGGCCUUUCUUAUAUACCCAGAGCAGUUAUCUUUAUCAGAAUUGGAAGCUUCUUUUUAUUCCUUGACAGUACAAUAUGAUGCAUGAUUUUCUACAAAGAACUGAGACUCCCAUAAAUUUGGAUCUUUAACAGCAUAUAUUUCAGAGUAUGUUAAGGGAUCACCACAACUUCUUCAAUGUGAAGAAUGGUACACUGUGUCAUGUAGUCUGCUGAAAUUGGUGAGGAAAGAUGAACUGGUUCAUGUUGUAUGUCCAGGCCUACAAAAUAUUUGUUCCAGCAUUUUAAGAAAAGUGAAGCAUCUACAGGAAAUAGACUGGUCAAUAGUUUGAAUUCAACCCUUUCUGCUGUUUUUUAUUCUCUAUCGAACUACAAAAUGGAAUUGGAUGCGUACACAGUUAAAGCAGGAGCUGCCCUUAAACAUGCCUGUUAAUCUCAUCUAAUCAAGCAGAGCAGAAAGAACAGACACAUUAAAAAAUAAUACAAAGCAUCAAGUCUUUAAGACAAUUUCUCCGUUUAUAAGCAAAGAAAACUAAGAAUAGACUAAACUGAAGAUCAGUGCUGAAGAAAGAGAUCCAGGUUUAACUCUGGCUUAGAUCAAAAGCCAAUUAUGAGUAUUUCAUUGUAAUGUGUAGCUAACAUGCAUAUACGAGGGAAAGUUCUUAACUUUUGAAAAAUGUUAUGCUUGCUACUCAGCAAAAGAAAAUUAAUAAAGAUUUCCAUGUUUUUCCUGUCAGGUGAUUAAAAACUUGAAAAGGUAUCCCUCACCCAAAAAGAAGUUUUUAUUACUCUACACUGCAGAGUAUAUUAGCCAAUACUCCUUAUACCUGCACUAUAGUUGAUCUUGAUGAACUGAAGACUUAAGUUAAUCACAUUCAGCAAUCCUUUCCUGUUUAGAAACAAAAUGAGUUGCAAAUAAGUUUAUAAAAAUCUGAAGUUUCACUUCCAGAUUAUUGUACAGUCUGCCCGAUUAAAAUAUGAAAAAAUAUAGUUUCUUAUUUAAAAUUACUUUUUCCAAACUUCAGAUAAUGUUUUAAGGCCUCAGAAACAAAACUACACAUUCCUGAGGCCUAAGCAGGACACAGUUAAGGGUUUGGAUAAAUUUUUCAAAAUAUAUAUAAUUGGAAUGUAUCCUGAAUCCAGAGACUGGUAUAAAUACUACUUAAUUCAAGCAUAUACAUGUUAAUAUGUAGAAAACUAUGUCUCCAUGAUUUGUGAGCUUCUCCAUUAAUGGAUUGCUAGACUUCUUCUGUUAGUCUGAAUAGAGUAUUUUUUACUUUUUGCCCCUUUGUUUAAACAGUAUGAAUAUUGUGUUACCAUGCAUUUUUGCUGUUCUUGCAAGCAGAUUUUUUUUAAAUAAGGAACCAUCAGCAGAAGCUGUGGUGUCACUUGACAAAUAGUAAAAAUAUAAUUGCAUAAGAGAAAAUCUUUAGUACCAUGUUGAAAGGACAAGUUACUCUUAAAACUUUUAAGUCAAGAAUCUCGCUACACUGACAGACGCUUAAUGUAAAAUGUACUUAAACUGAGUGGUGGGAGCACUACGUUAUUGCUGUUGACAAGUAAAGAGAAACUGGCUUUCAAGGAA